CUGCUUUUCUAUAUAAACAGAAGCCACAUGCCAUUCUUUCGUUGAACCAUUCAUACGCGUCUUGUUUUCCCCAUCGCUACGGAAGUGGAACAGCAACAGGAACACCCACAUGAGCCCAAGGUAAGGCUCAAAUUCAAGCUCAUUCGCGUUAGAAGGCCACGUUUGUUGCCCCAGGGGUACCGUUUCGCAACACUUAGAGAAAUCAUAAACAAUCAUGGGCUCUUUGACAAAUGGGGAAUGCCCAUUGAGGGGACUGAACCUUCUUAUACAGGCAGAUUUAAAUUUUUGGAUGGUUCAGGCAGAUGUAAUUUUUUGGAUGGUGAUUUAGAGUUGUUACUUAAUGCCUCUGAACUCUUAGUACAUCCUGAAAUAACCUUUACGGUUAAGAAGAAAGAGUGGGAUAGUGGUGUAAAGCAAUGGCGGAACUGCUCAGCUUUCAACUCUUCAGAUGGUAAUGUUUUGAGAAAACAACUCUACGAUGGAAUCGAUGUCGAUACAUUGAUUUAUAGAGAAUUUGCAUGGUUCAAUGCCUACAGCUGUGAAGAUGUGGAUCUGCUGUAUUGGUUGUGGCAUGAUCGUAGGUGUCCACUCGACUCAGACUUCUUAAACCGUUCGAUUGUCUAUGAUGUUGGUUUUCCUUUGAUGAAAAUGAUGGGAAGGUUAAUGGGUCUCAUGAGCCCAGAUCUCAGCUGCAAAUGGAAAAUGGAAGCGAAGAAGUCUCAACAGUAUUGAAUUAUGCAAUACACAGAGGCAGCUGCGACUGGGCAGUAGCGUUGGUCGAAUUGUUUGAAGAAGUAUACGGGUCGGCCUUCGUUGAAACAGCCGCUGCAAUCACAUUCAGAAACGUAGAAAGCGUUCCCAUAUUCACAAAGCUCUUAUCACUGUCUCCAAAUCAACUACAAGACCAGAUUUCCAACAUUAAACCACGCUUUGCAGAGGUUUUGAUGGAGGCAGUUGAGAGAGGGUACAGUGAGCUUGUGGAAAAGAUGAUGUCGGAGUUCAAAGAUGAUGAGAUUGCCCACAUCACCACAGAUGAACGCGUGCGGGCUUUGAGAGCGGCGGUUCAUCGAGGGUACAUCAAACUGGUGGAAAGCUUAUUAAAGAGCAGGAAUGGAACCGACCUACCAGUUGAAGUGGACGACAAAGGAAAGACGCUCUUCCAUUAUGCCUUGUUUCAUGAACAAGUCUUUAAGCUACUUCAAGAAAUGUAUGCAAGUUCCUAUCACAACAUCAUCACAAGACAGGAUAAAUUUGGAAGAAACUUUCUUCAUUGCGCAGCAAAAGGAGUUUGUGACUCACAAGUUGUGUAUAAUAUACUAGAGGAGUCUAUUACUUCAGAUAAGCGCUUAGUCCUAUGCCAUCAAAGGGACGACCGAGGAAGGACACCAUUGCACAUUGCUGCAUCCAAAGGCUACAGCGGAAUGAUUGAGAAACUACUACUGUAUUUUGAAGGCGAAGAAAAAACAAAGUACUUUCAAGAAACAGAUUCCUUUGGUCGAAAACUACUCCAGAUGGCAGCAGUUGGAGGCCGUGAAGAUUUAGUCCAAAUGCUUCUAGAAUUGGGGUCCCAACCACUAAAAGAACGCGAUGGCCAAAAAAGAACAGCGCUACACUACGCGGCUCAAGUGAAGGAUCCAAAGCUAGCACUUGCCACGUGCAAAGCACUGGUAGAGAGUAGGCGACUAAAUGAUAAAGAUAAGUCGCUUUUGUUGUGGGCCUCCGGAAAUGGCAUUGGUACAGCAGACGAGAUUAAAAAUGUGAAUGAUCGUGUAGAAGCUUAUCUUCGAGGGAAAAAGUUACGAUAUCGAGAAGAUUUGCUAAGAAAUGCCUCAGUUACUGAUAAUGCUGAGAUGGCUUGGGAGCUGCUAAAUAGAGGCGCUGACAUGGCAGACAUUCUUGAUCCCGACUGGAGAGAAAGUCUGAAUACAUCAGAGGAGUCGUCCGUUAAAAAUGUAAUAAGUCACAUUGAGAGAAUGAAAGAGCAAGGACGAGAUCAACCAAGUAUGGACGAUAACCUUGGAAGGCAUGCUUUUGCCGAAGGAGUGGCUGCUCUGCUUUUAAAUCGAUUUGUUGAAUCUCCAAUUACAGUAGGCAUUUCUGGUGAAUGGGGUAUGGGCAAAUCCAGUCUCAUGAUUCAGAUUGAAAAGAUUUUACUCAUUACAGCAGCCCAGCUAACGUUCCCAAAUCUUCUUCCAUCGGAGCAAUUUGGUGGAGCUAAAAAGAUCUAUCUUAGUACAAGAGGCAGAAAAAUAUAUCGACAGAUUAAAAGAGGGGUUCACAAUAUAUUAACUCCAUCAAAAUAUGAAUCAAAGAACCCUCUUGUCACGAUGCUCACGGAAUAUCAAUCUCAAUAUCAUGCUGUUUAUAAGUCGCUAGCAUGCAUGGAUAAUAACAAGAUGUUACACUCAGAGCCAGUGUCACAACAACAACAACAACAGGAACAUGCAUUAAGAGGAGUUCCUCGGAUUUUGACAAUUCGAUACAAUGCAUGGCAUUAUAGAGAUCGACAUGAAGCUUGGGCAGGACUAGGAGUUGCAAUCACCAGAGAAAUAGAGAAUGCAAUGACAAGAGCUCAAUGGAUGAGUACAUGCUGGAGAUAUACUUGGGCCAAACACAGAGUCAACAUUUGGAUACAAGUUUUUUUACCUUGUCUGCUCAGCAUAUCUCUUGCAGGAUGGGUUGCUUGGAUAGUCUGGAUGCUACUAAAGCAAGCAAAGUUCCAAGGUUUAAAAUAUGGAUCCAUACCUUUUACUGUAAUAGCAAUUGCAUGGGUUGUAUUAAAAUCAAUUAUUUCUGUUGUCAAACCCGUGAGCACACAAAUGCUGGGGUAUAUCACUUCACCAGACCAUACAAGUCGCCUUGGUUAUCAGGAAGAUGUUAUUGCUGAUAUCAAUUUCUUGAAGAAAGAGCUCGGAAAUGAGCCACAUUGGUUUUUCUCUUUCAUUUUAGGUGUAUGGUGUUGGAACUGGUUUGGUUUAUAUGCUGACGUCAUUGAAAAUACAAGAAUUCCAAAAUUCAUGCCAGCCUCUGGAGAUCAAAUUCGAAUAGUGACCUUUGUGGACGACUUAGAUAGAUGCGAAGAGGAAGUUAUAUUGCAGGUGUUAUCAGCAGUAAAUUUGGUCUUAGCCGAAUGCAAAAUCAAUGUCAUAUUGGGGAUAGAUAAAAAAAUGAUUGCAAGAGCAAUUAGAAGAAAAUUUGUUGACAUAGAUGAUGAAGAUAUUGCAGAAAAGUUUAUCUGCAAAAUUAUUCAAAUUCCACUCAGCUUGCCAGAACCCAAAGGAGAAGAAAUAAAAAGCUUUCUAAAAUGCCACUUAGGACAUGAAAUUCCACAUGAUAGCACUACUUCUUAUGAUAUGAAAAAGGAGAAUGUUUUCGGAAGCCCACACGGUCUAUAUGUAUCGGAUAUAGAAGAGGAAGAAACAUCUACAAUAGAGCAUGGAGGAAGAUCUCCAAGGCAGGAGGAAAAUGCUUCUACAUGCUGCCAAAAUACAGUGUUAAAUAUAUAUUGCACAAAACUGGAACGAGGGAGCAAAGGAAUUACAAAAAAGGCAGUUGACUGGUUGGGUUGGCUUUUGGGAUUCGCUUUUACAGUUGCUUGCAACAUUACAACCAAACUUAGACAGCUAUACGAGGAAGAAACCUUAAAUUCAUUGAGAUCUGCAGAAGGUGUAAGGUUAAUUAGAGAAUUAUUGAUGCCAAACUAUAGCAAAGAAGAAGCUAACAUCUUUUAUAAGUUGAGUGAAUUAGCCUCAGGAAACCAAAAACUCCCCCGAGAGUGGAAGCGCUUGUUGAGCUACCACAGAUUUGCAAGGUAUGUUCUGUUCCGAAUAGGGAACGUGCACAGCUUACCAACGUGGGAGGAGGAAUUGAUUGGAUGGAUAUUUAUUUGUUGGCAAUGGAAGCAUGAAAUGAACCAUCUAAUCAAGAAUUGGCACAAAUACACAAUUGAGUUUAUUCCUAACCAGAACAACGAUAGAAAGCAAAAAUAUUGGCGCAGCCCUCUACUUAGUGAAAUUGUUGAUAAAAUUAUUGCUGAUCCUAUGGAUCAAUCCAAAAUUCCAGAAAAAUGUGUGAUUGUCGCUGAACCUAUGGAUAAAUUCAAAUAUACACAAAGUUUGGUACCAGAGGAAAGUAAGACAACACUGAAACAAAGAGGGCUUUUAAAACAAGAUCCUUCUAUAUUAUGCUUAUACAGCGAUAAGGAAAGAAACAAUGAAGGUACAUCCCAAAACAAUUGGUCCAAGCUGAAACAAGCGUUGGAAAUUAGAGAUGUUUUAAUGGAAGCCCUUCAGAAAUUUCAACAUUUUAGACUUCACUGUGAAACCGACUACCUUCCAUUUGAUGUGUUUAACUAAAUUUGUGUAGACACUCCAGUCCCGAUGUAAUUUGGACUGCAGUGAAACUAUUGAUUGAUUGUGUGACUGAUUUCAGGAAUUUUGUUUUCCAGCAAUUUUAAUUGUAUUGUCAAUUAAUGAUUAUAUGUUUUAUUAUUGUUA